CCUAAUUAACGCCUAUGCUUACUCCGCAACUCAUAUAAACGGCUACAAGUACUAUUGAUUAUAGUUGACCAAAUCCAGCAAGACUGGCACUCUGGCAGCAAAUAUAGCAAGUGAAGUAUUCUCUCUCCUACUCAUACUAGUCAUACAUCAACUUCAUCACUCAACAAAAAAACCCUUUCCUCUACUCUUCUUCUUACUACAAAUACAAACAAAUAAAUUAUCCCCAAAACCUCAAUUUCCUCAAACCUAGCCCCACCACCUUACCUUCCUCUCACCGUCCGCCGUCUCCGGUCACCGGGCCACCGCUUUCUCACUCGCCAACCACACCAACUCGUCGGCUCAUUCCUUCGCUUCUCCCGGCCUCCGGCGUCGGUGGUUUCGGCUUGCCGGCUUCGACCGACGCUCAGCAACUAAGCCGUUUAGCCGACAAAGGGGUUGUGUUAUUUGUACUCUUAAAGUAGGGUGAAUUAGUUCUAUCCCCCUUUUUGGAAAUAAGGGCAGAUGGAAAAGUUACAUGCUUAUGAGAAUGGUGUAGUUUCAACAAAUCACCUUGAUUAUGGCAGUGAUGGGUCUUGCCAAUCAGAAACUUGCAAUAUUUACGAAAGCAAGACUUUGGGUGAUGAUAUCAUUGAUGAUUUGGAUUCUUAUAUGGAGGACAUAAAUGACCGUCUAACCAUCUCAAGAAUGGUAAGUGAUUCAAUUAUCAGAGGCAUGAUUAAUGCUGUAUCACAAGAGGCUGCUGAGGUCGUAGGUGCUAAAGAAUUAGAAGUAGCUAGGCUGAAGGAAGUGCUCUGUCGAAUUGGCUACAGUGAAAUUGAUGCAUCCAUUACCCUGAGUAAGCAUGAUGAUAUAGAAUUGCAGGAACAUGGUAUAAAGUCUCUUGGUGUAGUUAAUCUGUCUGUUAAAGAACAACUGGAAAGGCUUGGACAAUGUAUUGCAAAGGCUGGAAAUUUUGAAAAGAGCUUAAUAAUGAAAAAUGAUUUGGAUGAAGCAUUUUAUUGUCUUAAAGCUACACUAAAAGCUUUGUGUCAACGUGUGAAUGAAAUUGUUUAUCCACCAGAAUCUUCUGUAGAAGAGUGGAAGGUGGAGUUGGAUAUCUGCCAAAAUGUGGAGGCAAUGGUGUUCAGCUCUGUUGUUCAGGGUUUACAAUGCGAAUAUGAAAAACAGAUUUGGGAUGUUAGUAAUAAUUUAGUGUUGAAUGAUAGGUUCAAUGUAAUUUCAAGCCUACGUCAUGAACUAGACUCCAUCCAAAAGUGUUUUGUUGGACCUGAAGUUGGGAAUCUUAGUUCACAAGGGUCUGCUGAGAUGGAUCAUUUUCAUCGUAAGGUUUCAAGCAAUCAUGGUUUACCAUCUGCUCAGCUUUCGAAUGGAAAUGGUAACGGUGAGGAGUCUAAAGUUUUUCUUCCUGAGAAUUUUGAGACUUCUCCACUGAAACACAUGACUAAACAAGAUCUCUAUCAGCACUUUAGGACCGUGAUAACUGAGAUGAAACGGGGACAUGAGUCUACUGUGCAGCAAAUGACAGAUGUAAAUUUUUCUUUGAGGCGUGAACUUCUGAAAGAGCGGGAACUCAUGAAGGAAAAAGGAUCUUUUGCGGCAUUUAAGAAGGAUAAGGAUUUCGAAAAUUUGAAGAAAAAGAUUCCAGAGGUUAUUGCAAAGUUGGAUGACAUUGUUAGGGAAAAUGAAAAAUUGUCUGAGUUUUGUAAUCAUUCCAAGGACACAAUGGGUAGCCUACUUACUGAAAAUUGUCACCUCAAGAACUUACUCCGUGGACAGAUAAUAGAACAUUCUAGGGCUGAGGAGAAUCUUCAGAGAGAUCACAAGUCUGCUAUUUCUGAUGAACAUAUCAAAGCAUCUAUUAGUGAAGAGGUCUACAAAUGCAUAAUUAGGGAGAUGGAUGGACUGAUCAACUGUACCUCUGAAGAUGGUGAUGUGAAGUCUAGAAUCACACAAGAUGUCUGUGGGACUCAUGGAGAUUUUCAUCCUGUUGUAAUUGCCAGUGAAUCAGACUAUGAAGAGUUUUCAUGUUUGCAGUCUUCUAUUAUACAACAGAUUAACGGAAUAAUUUACCAAGAAGCAUUAGAAGAUAUGUCAAUGGAACUCACUGGGUUAAAGGACAGAUGUCUAACGGACAGCAAAAGUUUGGAUUUUCUUCAAAGGAAAGUCUCCGAAAUAGAGAACGAAUUGGCAAUGAAGGUUGAAGAAAAUAUAGAUUUGAAGCAUCAGGUUCUUGUGCUUGAAAGUUCAGUCAAAGAAAAAGAGAAAUCAUUGCUUGAAAUUACAGUUCUCCUUGAGAAAGACAAGGUGCAGUUUACAGCGGAGCUUGAUAAGUUAUUACACUUGAGAGCAGAACAGGAGGCUCUUAUAUCUGACAAAAAUGAAGAAUUAGUUUUGCUGAAGGGCAAAAUGGAAGACUAUCUGAAGCAAAUAGACUCUUAUACACUUGAAGUGGACAAUUUGAAUCAAGGGCUUAAAUCGUCUGAACAAAAGUUGAGGAUGUCUAAUGAAGAGAAGACAAAGUUAAUAUCAGUCUUAGAACUGAAGCAAAUUGACAUGGAAUUAAUGAAGGAUAAAGACGAUGUACACAUUAAGCAUCUGCAAUCUCUAUGCCAUGUUAUCCAGGGAUUAUCUAAGUCAUUUGGCGAUUUUGAACUCAGAAUAAAAGAAAGUAUUGGCUGGCACAAUGUGAGGCUGGAGAAUUCAGCCUUUCAGUUACAAUCUCUGAUUCCCAAGGUUAAUGUGCUCCGACGGACGGGUUUCUUAUACAAAGAAAGGCUGGAAAAGAAGUGUUCUGAUCUUCAGAAAGCUGAAUCUGAGGUGGAUCUUUUAGGGGACGAGGUGGAUGCUCUAUUGAGCCUUCUUGAAAAGAUAUAUGUAGCACUUGAUCAUUACUCCCCAAUAUUGCAACAUUAUCCCGGGAUCAUUGAGAUUCUAAAGCUUGUUAAAAGAGAACUAAGUGGAGAGGCAGUAAAGGCUGGUUGACUGCCAGUUGCUUAGAUAUCUUCGAGAUGUUUCCAUUGGCUAUUGCUUGAUUGGUUGUGUUUAUACGUCAUCCAAUUAUUCAAGUGUAUAUAGUCUGUCAGCUUAAGCAAUACUCAAGUUGUUACGUCUCAAAAGUAGAGAGAGAGAGAUGCUCUUCAUGGAACAGUUUUGAAACUCUAGGCCACCCCAUAAGCUCAUCCCUUUCUUCUGCCCCUCUUCUACUUGUUUCUCAGUCUUUCUUAGCUCUCCAUGGAUCAUUCUUCAUCCACUCCCUUCUCACGCCUGGAUCUUGUCCUUCAUCUGCUCAAUUCUAGCCUAAUUUGAUGCAAGCUUCAUUAUACAGUGGUGUGCCUUGGUUGGCAUGGCACUGGGUGUCCUUGGCCAACUGUGCACAUGACGAUCUGCUUGGUUAGUUCUCUCAUCUUGUCCAUAUUGUGUAUAGUUUUUGUUAAUCUUGGAUUCAUUAGCAGAGCUCCAAUCACAAAUUAGGUAUGAUUUGUAAUUUACAUUUUUGCCUUUUUUUGCUGUUAUCUUCCUGUCUGAGCAAUGCACUUUUAAUUUUCAGUAGGGUAAAAGGCGGUAGUUUGCUGUUAUUUUUCUGCUGUAUUCCUUUGGACUUUUUAUUAAGAUUAUUUUCUAGUUCUUUCCUUUGGUAUAUGAGCAUUUUGGAACCGCUUACGUUA